UCCAAUUGGUGAGGAUGCCCUCGGCCGGCGUGGAGAUCCUGGGCAUGAUCCUGGCAGUGGCCGGCUGGCUGGGGGUGAUGGUGGCCUGCUGCCUGCCCAUGUGGCGCGUGGUGGCCUACGUGGGCCAGAACAUCGUGAUGGCGCAGGUGAUCUGGGAGGGCCUGUGGAUGAGCUGCGUCGUCCAGAGCACCGGUCAGAUGCACUGCCGCAUCUACGAGUCCAUGCUGGGGCUCGCCGCCGACCUGCAAGCCUCCCGCGCCCUCACCGUCACCGCGCUCCUGCUGGGCGUGCUGGGCAUCGCGCUGGCCGUGGCCGGCGCCAAGUGCACCAACUGCGCCCGCGACCCGGCCAGCAAGCCGCGGCUGGCGCUGGCGUCUGGAUUGGCGUUCGUGGGCGCGGGGCUGCUGCUGCUGGUGGCCGUGUGCUGGACGGCCCACACCAUCGUGCUGGACUUCUACAACCCGCUGCUGGAGGAGACGCAGAAGAGGGAGUUCGGGAAGUCGCUGUACUUUGGCUGGGCGGCGUCGUGCCUGCUGCUGCUCGGCGGGGCGCUGCUCUCGUGCUCCUGCUCCUGUGCUCGGGCACAGCCUGGCACCCACGCUGGCACUGGCGCCGGCGCCUCCGCGCCCACGCUCUCGCACGGCAGCCGCGCCCGCUACUCCGCCGUCAAAGCCCUCUCCCUCGACGGACACGAGAGGAGAGACUACGUCUAGCAGCAGCAGCUAUGACCCUCCAGCCACAUGACAGUCCGUUCUGGCCCAGAUAUGGCCCAAAUCUGGCCCAUGUGAGGCCGGGUUCUGGACUGGGUUAGCGGGGCUCCUGUCUGGGAUGGCUGGAUCAGUGGACCGGACACUGCCGUGGUCACAGUGGACCAACUGAAUCAUGGAGCUGCAUGCGAGAUACAGAAGUCACAGCCAUAUAGCUAAGAUAAAGGACACAGGCUUCAGUAAGCAUGAAGAGGAGCUUGGACACUCAUCUUUGAACUGAGUCCUCUUUUUCUUUGCCACAGGACACGAGGACACGAGUGGACUUCAGUAACAUGUUUGAUCAUGGUGUGGGGUGAGUGAGGUAAUUCAGAUUACAGUUUCAUGUAAUCUGAAUUCAGAACUGAUUGUCUUUGAAGCAGCCAUGCAGUAUUUUACUGAAGGGGUAAGAUGUCAUUAUUUCUUUCAUCCAGUUUAUUCUGUUUUUUACAGUCCCAUCUGUCUGUCUAUUGGGUGACACAUGUUGAA